AGAGAGAGAGUAAUGGCGAUCAAGAACCUUCUUGUCCUUGCGGUUCUUCUAAGCGUUGUUGGAGUUUCAGUUGCUAACCCUAAGGGUCUUGACCUUAACUACUACAAACAGAGGUGUCCGGAUGCAGAAGCCAUUGUCCGUCGUACCACAGUUCAGUAUGUUUCUCGCCAGACGAGCCUUGCCGCAGCGCUUCUAAGGAUGCAUUUUCAUGAUUGUUUCGUUAGAGGAUGUGAUGGUUCCAUUCUUUUGAAAUCUCCAAACAAGGAUGCAGAAAGAGACGCUAUCCCUAACUUGUCUAUUAGAGGCUACGAAGUGGUCGAUGCUGCCAAGGCAGCGUUAGAGAAGAAGUGUCCCGGUGUUGUUUCUUGUGCUGAUGUUCUUGCCUUAGUUGCUAGAGACGCUGUCUUAGUGAUUAACGGACCAUGGUGGCCGGUUCCACUGGGCCGUAGGGAUGGACGUAUCUCAAGAAAAUCUGAGGUUAAUUUACCAUCCCCAUUCGCGGGAGUUGCUGCUUUGAAACAAAACUUCUUGAACAAGGGACUUAACACUAAAGAUCUUGUCGUUCUCUCAGGAGCUCACACCAUUGGAAUUUCUAAUUGUGGUCUCAUCAACAGCCGUAUCUACAACUUCACCGGGAAAGGCGAUUUUGACCCUUCCAUGAACCCUAGCUACGUUAGGGCAUUGAAGAAAAGGUGCAAGCCAACUGAUUUCAGGACGUCACUGGAGAUGGACCCAGGGAGUGUCAAGAAGUUUGACUCUCACUACUUUAACAUUGUUGCUCAGAAGAAGGGUUUGUUCACAUCUGACUCAACACUUCUUGAUGACCCUGACACUAAAAGUUACAUUGACACACAAGUUGCUACGGCUGGAUCUUCUUUCAACAAAGAUUUCUCCGAGUCAAUGGUUAAACUCGGGUUCGUUGAAAUCCUCACCGGGAACAAAGGAGAGAUCAGGAAGAGAUGUGCCUUCGUCAACUGAGUUUCAUCAAGUUAAUAUAAGAGCUCACUCUUUGGAUGGUUGAUUCAGCAAUUUCCCAGUAACUCUUUUUGUAUGUUUUUUCGUUCCUUCAAGUCUGUUUUCAGACAAGAGUAUUUCAUUUUUCCUUUGUAUGAUGUUUUGGAAUCUCAUGUUUAGUUGAUUAUUCAUCACGUUUUAUAAGUUACAUAAUCAUUUCGC